UUUGCGUAUUCUCUAGCCAUUUUCAUACUGCUAGAUGCAAAUGCGGUUGUGUUGUUACAGGAAACACUUGUCUGCAAUUAUUUGUCUGUUUUCUACGUUGUUACAUAUUUGUUGUGCAUCAAUUACGUUGAUUUAAUUUUUUAUUAAUGUUUUGAGUGUUUAUUUUGUAUCUUCCUGGUGAUAUUUUGUUUCUUUAGAUUGAUUAUUUGCUUGGACUACGUGCAACGGUACAUAUACAAUCAUGGAGCACAACCAUUUACAGCCCUAUAAAAGCCUGACAGAAGCCUUUCGCAUGGACUGUCAGACACUAAUAACACGUUUCGAGCUGUCCUACAACACUAACUUUCAAAACUUUUGUGAGAUUUGGAGAGAUAUGCAAUUCUCCCUGAUUUUUGCUUACUUUCCUACAGAAACAGUUUUAAUUACAUUUUGCAAGAAAGCUCUCUGCAUAUCAAAACAGUUUCUAGUAAACGGUAUGAGUGUGAAAGAGCGCAUCGGUGCUCUGUAUCUUCUGUACGGAAUAUAUUACAAAAUGCCAAAGAAUCAGAAUGAAAAUCUGAAAAUCAGAGUGACUCUGUCAGAUUGGAAUUGUUUGAUGGAGUUGCACAGUCAAGUUAAGAAAGACGAAUAUCUUGAUGCUAACUAUAUCUUAUGCAAGCUAGUCAUUGAUAAUGCAUUUAUUCAUUGCAUCAGCGACACUGAGUAUGGUAUCGAGAAACAGAGCUGCAGUAAUCAGGAGAAGCCCAAGUUAGAUGUUAAUCUGAUGCCAGAGAUAAAGGACCUGGCGGAACCAGGUGGAUUGCUAUCGACGAUCAGCAAAUUGAGCAAGACCUACGAGGACAAGAAGAACAGUCUCUACGACGCCGAGGGUGAUUCGGGCUUGCAACUUUACGAUUCUGAUGUGGCAGACAGUAUCAUCGAGAGUAUUCGCAGAGUGCAAUCGGAGAGCAGGAUAUUCGCCAAAUCUAACGCUAACCAGACAACCAGGAAGACCAAAAUGAAAUCUUCACUGUCAACGAUAUCAUCGGCAUCAUCGUCGAAUAGCGACGCCCAGAAAUCACUAAAACGCAUUCGAAAUCGCAAGUAUAUAGUCUUGGCCAAGAUAGGCCAAGGUUUUGCAAAAGGACUACACUCCGACUCCGAAGAAGAGCAGGCAGAUGAAGAUGAAAUGGAAGAAACGUGAAGAAAGUUCAAGCUCAGUUAAUUAAAAGAAUAGAAAAUUGCAAUUCAAGAAUUGAUUCAAGUAUGGACAAACAUUAAUUUAAAUAAAUAAAUAAAGGAGAGGUUGAAGAAAUUAAGAUUAUUAACACUAUUUUAAUUUAUAAUUUAGAUUUUGAGAAAUUUAGACUAUAUAAUGCCACAGAAAAUAAGUUCUGUUUAUAAUUACGUUCUCGUUGCUCUAAUAAAAUUUUGCAUUAAAUCUUCAAUAAUA